AAGCUUUACUCCAGCAGCUGAAAGUCAGGUCUUUUGUGAAAGAGACAGGCUGAGAGAUUUGGGAAAAAUAGCUUUGAAAAAGAGAGGAUUUAAAUUAGAGAACCCAAGCAGAAUUUAAACCAGCUUGACAGGAUUCUGUGCCUGAGAGAGUUUCCCCAGUGAUUGAUGCUUAAAUUCUGUGUGUCAGUCUAGGCGCACGUAUCUGAAUGAUCCCACAAGUGUGAGCUGUGAUUGUGAGUGACAGAGGAGGGAGAAUUUAUGCAAAAAGAAAGACACUGAUCAAGGAAACUGACAGGAAUUGUUGGCUGUAGCAGAAAUAAAUCAAGAAAUCUGAGAAAAGCAGGACAGCCAUUAUCAAGUCUAGGUACUCUUUUGGAAAGUUUUAUUCGUUGUAUGCAUCUGUGGAAAUGUUUAGAAGUGAUGAAAAAAAUGCCUAGCUCAUAAAAAGAAAAUAUUGGCAACGUAUUCAUGAAAAAGCUCAAAUGGAAACUUUUUUGUUCGCUUGAAGAAGAAACUUUUUGUGGUCAGUGUUCCUUUUUUGUUUUUCAUUCCAUCUUAUCGCACUGUUCUGAACAUGCUGAACAUAUUUACUGUUUUUAGGAAGAUCUGUCAGUGACAAUGAGAAAACAGUAAUAGUGGAUCUGUCAUUCCAUGUGACUGGAUUAUUCCGAAGAUCUGAAUGGAAAUGUAGCAUUUGGAGCUGCAUGACUGGACGGUUAGCAAAGAAGGCUCACUACUCUUUGGAGAGGGAAAGACGGUUGAAAUGAACUGAAACCAGCAUGGCGUGUGUACAAGAAACUGUGCACUUUUGUAGUGGAUUACACUGGAUUUAAUUCAUAAAUUAGUCUGAACACCGUAUAUGGUAACCAGCAACUUCAACUGGUGCACCUUGUCUUCUGUUUGCUGAACUGCAAUGUGCAUUUUGGAGCCUUUGUCUGUUUGGCAAUUAUAACAAGCCUCAUACCACACUGACGGACAACCAGUUAAGGAACAAAUAAAACCCUUUUUUAUCAUGUCUUAAUAUGUGAAAGGCAAUCAGCAGUAUAAGCAACCUUCUACCCCAGUGCCAAAGGAAAAAAAAAAAAGAAACUGCACUGAACUGUGUUUUUGUCUCAGGUUUUAUGUAUGUUAUACUUGCAGGACACCAGAAGUCAUGGAUUUCAUCUGGCUCCUUUGGAUACUGCAUGUUUCUUCUGCAUUAGAAGAAAUCCUCCUUGAUACAACUACAGCAACAUCUGAGAUUGGCUGGACCUCAUACCCCUCAUCAGGGUGGGAUGAAGUUAGUGUCCUAGAUGAUAAAAAACAACUUAUUCGGACAUUUGAGGUCUGCAACAUUAAUACUCCCAAUCAAAACAAUUGGCUAAGAACAGCAUUUAUCUAUCGGCGGGGGGCCCAACGUGUACAUGUCCGUAUCAAGUUCUCUGUGCGGGAUUGUGCCAGCAUGCCAAACAUUGUAUCAUCAUCUUGUAAGGAAACUUUCACUUUAUACUACUAUGAAGCCAAUUCUGAUGAUGCCACAGACAGUAGCCCAGCCUGGCAGGAAGGUCCUUGGCAGAAAGUGGACACUAUUGCAGCUGAUGAGAGUUUCUCAAAGGUGGACAGUGCUGGCAAGAUCCUGAAGAUUAAUGUGAAAGUGCGCAGCUUUGGACCAUUGUCUAAGCAGGGAUUCUACCUUGCCUUCCAAGACUCAGGUGCUUGCAUGUCACUUAUAGCUGUGCAGGUUUUCUUCCAUAAGUGUCCAGCAGUCAUCCGAAACUUUGCUUCAUUCCCAGAGACAUAUGCCGGUGGGGAGAGUACAUCACUAGUAGAGACUCUUGGAGCCUGCAUCUCCAAUGCAGAGGAGGAUGGAUCCAUGGUAAAAUUGCACUGCAAUGGUGAGGGAGAGUGGAUGGUGGCAGUUAGUCAGUGUAUGUGUAGAGCUGGCCAUGAACCCGUGGGUGACAGUGUUUGCAAAGCUUGUACUGUUGGAACAUUUAAGAUUUCCUCAGGAUCCCAAAAAUGCAUUCAUUGUCCUGGUCACAGCCGAACAACAUCUGUGGGCUCCAAAAAGUGUGACUGUCAGAAUGGCUUUUAUCGAACAAGCAGUGACUCACCUGAUUCCCCCUGCACCAGUCCACCAUCAGCACCGCGUGAUCUUUCAUAUGAAAUCAGUGGCUCCAGUGCUGUGUUAAAAUGGCGCCUGCCUCGAGAUCUGGGUGGCCGUGAGGAUAUUCUCUUCAAUGUAAUCUGUAAAGUGUGUGCACCAGAGGCAGGUAUUUGUGCACGGUGCAGUGAAGGCCUACAGUAUGAACCUCGGCCUAUUGGGCUGACAGAGACCCGUGUUCAAGUCUCAGGACUGCUGGCUCGUGUUCACUAUACUUUUGAGAUUCAAGCAGUGAAUCUGGUCACUGAACUUAGUCAAUACUCACCAGCAUCUGCCAGUAUAAAUGUCAGCACCAGUCAGUCAGCACCAUCAGCUGUUCCCAUGAUGCAUCAGGUCAGCCGUACAACUACAAGCAUCACACUAUCCUGGCCACAACCCGAUCAACCAAACGGACUGAUACUGGAUUAUGAACUUCGUUAUUUUGAUAAGGCGGAGUCAGAAGAUAAUUCCUUUGUUCUCAGCAGUGAGACCAACAUGGCCACAGUGAAGAAUCUAAUCCCUGGGAAGAUUUAUGCCUUCCAGGUGCGUGCUCGAACUUCUAUAGGCUAUGGACCAUACAGUGGCAAGAUGUACUUCCAGACUCUUCUAGAAGGUGAGAGAACUGGAACAGCACAAGAUCGUCUCCCACUCAUUGUAGGCUCAGCACUUGGAGGACUUGCGUUUGUAGUGUUCGCUGUUAUUAUCAUCAUAGCCAUUGUCUUUAAAAGCCGGAGGCGGGAGACACCCUACACUGACAGACUGCAGCGUUACAUUGCCAGCCGAGGAAUGGGUGUAAAAUAUUAUAUCGAUCCUUCAACGUAUGAAGACCCCAAUGAGGCCAUUCGUGAGUUUGCUAAGGAAAUUGAUGUGUCUUGUGUAAAUAUAGAAGAAGUCAUCGGUGCAGGAGAGUUUGGUGAGGUGUGUCGUGGUCGCCUAAAGCUACCUAACAAACGUGAAUUUACAGUCGCCAUCAAAACUCUCAAGUCAGGUUACACAGACAUACAAAGGAGGGAUUUCUUGAGUGAGGCCAGUAUCAUGGGUCAGUUUGACCAUCCCAAUGUAAUUCAUUUGGAAGGGGUUGUAACCAAGAGUCGUCCAGUGAUGAUUGUUACGGAGUUCAUGGAGAAUGGCUCACUGGAUUCAUUUCUUAGGCAAAAUGAAGGACAAUUCAGUGUAAUACAGCUGGUGGGAAUGCUGCGUGGAAUUGCUUCUGGGAUGAAGUACCUGGCUGAAAUGAGUUAUGUUCACCGUGACCUGGCUGCUCGCAACAUCCUGGUGAACAGCAACUUGGUCUGUAAGGUGUCAGACUUUGGUCUUUCACGUUUCCUAGAAGAUGAAGCCUCCAACCCCACCUACACAAGCGCAUUGGGAGGAAAAAUCCCAAUCCGAUGGACAGCUCCUGAAGCAAUCCAAUACCGCAAAUUUACCUCUGCUAGUGAUGUCUGGAGCUAUGGAAUUGUCAUGUGGGAAGUGAUGUCCUAUGGUGAGAGGCCGUAUUGGGAUAUGACCAAUCAAGAUGUCAUAAAUGCCAUUGAACAGGACUACCGCCUUCCACCACCACCAGAUUGCCCCAGUGUUUUACACCUGCUAAUGCUUGACUGUUGGUUAAAAGAGAGAGGGCAGCGUCCCAAGUUUGAGCAAAUUGUCAAUACCUUGGACAAGAUGAUCCGCAAUCCAGCAGGACUGAAAUCAAUGGGAUCUCCCUCCAACAGGCCAACUCUACAGCUCCUCAGCAACUCCCCACCAGACUUCUCCACCCUCACCAAUGUGAGUGACUGGCUUGAUGCCAUCAAGAUGGGCCGAUACAAAGAAAAUUUUAGUCAGGCGGGUAUGAACACAUUUGAGCUGGUAUCACGGAUGACUCUGGAGGAUAUUCAGCAUAUUGGUGUGGUGCUGGUAGGCCACCAAAAGAAAAUCUUGAACAGUAUCCAGUUGAUGAGGGUCCAUCUUAACCAGCUUGAGCCAGUAGAAGUCUGAUGAAUUUGGCUCUGUGCCUGGGAUCAUCUUGCCCCCUACUCCUACCCCUAGGUCUCAUCCUGUGCCCUUGCCAUGUCAAGAAUACAUAGAGAGGCAUUGCAAAUGCGUUGGAGCCCUGACAGAACUCAUUAACUUUUUAUGACAUGUGGUGGAAUUGUGUGUUGUUUGAGUGGGUGGGGGGUGGAAGUCGAGAACUGGAGACUGAUUUCAAGAUCAUUAUGUACUUUGAAAGCAAGUGCAGUUUCUACCCCAGCAUAUCCUUUAUGAUGCUUUCAAAAUUAUGUCUGGUGAUGAGACUGCAUUGUAGCUUUGAGACCAAGACUGAACAGAGCAGGAUAUUGGCUUUUCCAGAGCCUCACAGGCCAAGCACCAGAGUACACUUGAAGAGAUAUGGACUCAAUACCAGAAGAAGUGGGUAGGGGCAGUUUUCUUUUAAAUAUUUCAAAACACAUGAGGUUUCUAUGUGCACUGUGAAAGUUCUACCACUGUAGAUCUCAUGUGAACUUCCAAAGGAGGUAAACUAAAGUACACUGAUUCUGUUUAAUUUGAAUGUUGAUACAGUUAGAAAUACUAAGAGGGCAACAUUAAGCACUUUGGAUAAUUGCACAGUCAUAUACCCCGCGUGAUUUUUUUGAAAUAAAAAAAAAUAUACUGCAUUGAUUUAUAGCAGAAUAGUGGAUUUCACAGCCACAGCCAGCAGGCUUAAAUCAGUUAUGACUGGAUUAGACUUAGCAUUUCUAAUUCAAAGUGCAGAUGUUUGUUUAAAUUAGGCACACAAGAUAUUCUUGUGAUGUUGGUCUCUCUACAUUUUAUAUUGCUGAAAUUAACCAUUGAGAGUCUGGUGAAGGCUUUGCAGCUGCUAAGAUCAAACGUAGCUCAACAAACAUAUGGGCCAUUCAGCUGUUCAAAAAUACAGUUUUGUCUCAGUUUCCUUUACAUCUCAGAAGAAAAUGUAUGCAGCAAAGAAACAGUUUAUGUUUGGUUUUGGUAAAGAGGUUAUCCAGCUUGGUGCAUCCUGAAGCAUGAAGAAACGAGCUACAGAAACCAGAGCGUUUUCUGAGUGGUAUGCAGCUAAAUAAAUGUGCAUAGUGUGUUGCUUUUCAUCAGCUUUACUAUCAAUGGAUGGCAAAGGGGAGAGGUGCUCUGCCUGUGUCCUGAAUCACUCACUGUGUGCAGAAAUAAACUAAAUGCUGAAAUAUGUUUUUAUGCACCCCUAUCAGCUAGAACAUAGGAUUAGAUUUCCUGCUUUCAAUUUAAUCCUUACAGUGGGAAGAACAAAUGUAUUGUCAGCAAUUUGGUGGGACUUUCAGUAUAUCUGUGAUUUGAUAAGGCCCAGGUAUAUUAUCUGUCCCAGUAGGUACGCAAACAUCAUGUAAAGUUUCCAAAACUGGACUGAAAUUCAAAGAAACUUAGCACUUCUGUGGUUCUUCAUGACAUUGACAUAUCAUGGCUCAAGGUGCCAACAUUAUUGUUACAUACUGAUGCAUCCCAUUCAGUUGUGUGUCUGCUGUGCAGGGACCUUUAUCACAUUUGAGGAACAAAGUUUUGAUACAAUAUUUGAAAUCACUUCAAUAAAGUUUCAGUUGUUUCUGUG